UCAUACUUUAGGACCUUUUUAAAUGUUGAUUUAAUUUGACUACAAUUGAAUUAGUGUAGGUACUUAUACAGAAAAAUCGGUUUUGUGUAUCUUCGAUUAAAUAAGUAAAUAAAAUAUGCCACCGUUCUGAAUUGACUAACUUAUUUUGUGCAAAAAAUAUUUUGGAUUAUAUGAACAGGUUUGGAUGACGGUAGUGCAAUUAUCCUUUAUUACUGAUAGAUCUAAUUCUUGAGUCACAAUGAUGCAUAUUCGAGUAAAUCGGAAGUUAAGUGGCUACAUUUUUGUAUCUGUGACUAUUUGUUUGAUAUAUAUCAGAUCAGUCGUUUAUCAGGUCAAGCAACCGGUGAUAUUUGGACCGGAAAAGUAUGGAAAUUAUACCGUGCAAAUGCAGCCAAAUUUGGAUAAAUUGAUUGACUGGACAAACCCAAGAUAUCCAUAUAACGUGACGUACUUGAUUGAGAAUCCAGAUUUAUGUUCAUCAGUUAAAGAUUUAAGUGUUCUUGUUGUAGUAAAUUCGGGGACUGAACACUUUGAUAGAAGACUAGCUAUCAGAAGAACGUGGACCAAUAACAAAUAUUAUUCUCAUUUGGGCACCGUCAGAGUUUUAUUCCUUUUAGGGAUGACCGCUAACCCAGUAGUUCAAGAAGGUAUAGAAGAAGAAGCUGAAGCUUUUAGGGACAUCUUACAAGGUGACUUUAUUGAUACUUAUUUGAACCUUACACACAAAGGUGUCAUGGGUUUUAAGUGGAUAACUGAACGUUGUCGAAACGCUAAAAUGAUAAUGAAAGUUGACGACGAUUUUGUUAUAAAUAUGUUUCUCUACUUUAAAAAGCUGGACGGAGAAUUGAAGUCUAUAAACGUUUACUGUGAAAUGCUAAUGCAAGCUGUAAUCCAGAGGAAUAUCACCAAGAGGUGGUAUGUCAGUCCAAAACACUUCAAAGGCGAACUAUACUAUGAAAGAUAUUGCGAAGGCAAGUUUGUUAGUAUGACAAAUGAUAUAAUACCAUCAUUAUAUAAGUCUGCCAUGAGAACUCCAUUCUUUCCUUAUGAUGAUGUGUUAUUAUUUGGCUAUGUUAUGCAUAAUAUACCAGGGCUCCGUUAUAGAACAGAUUCAAUAGGAAUGACUCUUUAUAAUGAUAUCGGCAUUAACUGUUUACAUAAACAAAAAAGUGACUGUGAAAAGUUUGUUAUCGUGGCAAAUAGCGCUAUUCAAAUGGAAAGAACAUGGCUUACUAUUCUAAAAUACUAUGUUAAGUGAGUUUAUGCCCGUUUUUGUUUUCAUAAUCAAGUCCAGCGGAAUUUACUAUAAAUUUCAAAAUAUUGACUGUAUUAAUUGAUUGUGUUUAACCAAAAGUUAAUAUUGGAAAAUGUUAGGGAUGAAAUAAAAAUCUGCCUCAAAUGCAAAAAUA